AUGCUAGCAGUCCUGAUGGCAGUGACGGUGGCUGCGGCCACGCCGAAACAACGAAAGAGAGAAGCUCCUCUCAGUUCAUACGGGCCGCCGUCGAAGCCUUCUCCGUCCUACGGUCCUCCCCGACCAUCCUCAAAGUACGGACCACCAUCGAAGCCUUCCAGUUCCUACGGAGUACCAUCCCGACCUUCGUCAAGUUACGGGGUACCGAAACCCUCGUACGGAGUUCCCCGUCCUCCAUCAACCAGUUAUGGAGUACCCACGGGUCCCUCCAGUGUAUAUGGAGCGCCCGGAAAGGGUUCAGGAGGCCAUGGCGGUGGCUUCGGAUCAGGAGGUUCAUUUAGUUCUGGUGGACACGGUGGUGGUUUCGGUUCAGGAGGCGGCAUCUCUUCUUCGUACGGCGCCCCAUCUCCUUCAUACGGUGCUCCUUCACAUGGAUCAGGAGGACACGGCGGUGGACACGGCGGCGGUCACGGAGGCGGUCACGGCGGCUCGUCGGGAGGUGGAAGCAUUUCGUCAUCAUAUGGCGUCCCUUCACCUAGCUACGGAGCUCCAUCUUUCGGUUCGUCGGGCUCCGGUGGUCACGGCGGUGGUUCCUUCGGUUCUGGAGCAGGUGGUAUCUCAUCGUCAUAUGGUGCUCCUUCUCCGUCUUACGGCGCUCCCUCGUUCGGUUCUUCUGGUUCCGGAAGUCUAUCGAGCUCCUACGGCGCGCCCUCUCCAUCCGACUCGUACGGUGCUCCGAUUCCAUCACCUUCUUAUGGAGCUCCGUCCGGUGAUUCAGGACACGGCAGCAGUGGCUUCGGAGGCUCAAGUUUUGGCAGCAGUGGUUUUGGAGGUUCAGGUUUUGGUAGCAGCGGUUUCGGCGCAAGCGCUCCCUCAAGUAGCUACGGCGCUCCAUCUCCUUCAUACGGCGCUCCUAGUAUUGGCGGCGGUCACGGCUCAUCAGGAGGUGGAUACUCUUCAGGGGGAUCCGGUGGAUACAGCUCCGGAGGUGGACACGGCUCCUCAGGCGGAUAUAGUUCGGGCGGUGGACACGGGUCCAGCAGCAGUUACAGCUCAGGAGGUUCGGGUGGAUACAGUUCCGGAGGUGGUUACAGUUCAGGAGGAUCUGGUGGGUAUAGCUCCGGAGGAGGACACGGUUCCUCAGGCGGAUAUAGUUCAGGAGGAUCUGGUGGAUACAGUUCCGGAGGAGGACAUGGUUCUUCAGGCGGAUACAGUUCAGGAGGUGGCCACGGAUCCGGAGGCGGGUACAGCUCAGGAGGCUCUGGAGGAUAUAGCUCCGGAGGCGGCUAUAGUUCAGGAGGAGGAUACAGUUCCGGAGGCUCGGGUGGAGGUCACGGCUCCGGGUCGGGAGGCUACUCCAGUGGGGUGCCCGCCACCAUCAGCCAGGAAUACGACGCCAGCGGCGGCUAUGUGUAUUAA